CAACCAUUGUGACAUCACCAAGCACUCCUUUCUGGAGCGAAAACACCUGUUGAUCAGUACAGAGUGAUCAAUCAACCUCACUGUUGAAAAUGUCUGUGUGUACUCUAAUAAAGACACAAUUGGUCACACUUAAAAGGCUGAGGCUGCUGGCUAUCAGUGGUUCCAUCUUUCUUCUACUUUACAUCACACUGUGUUAUGAGAACUUCCAUUUCCACGUGGCACAUAUGUACGCUCACCUAGGGUACUCCAACGCUCAGCAUGUUGUCGGACAGAGAUACCUGAAAGGAGCUGGGGUGGAAAAGAAUGAAGAGAAAGCCAUGCAGUGGUUCAGACAAGCAGCAGAGAAAGGCCACCCUCACUCCUCUUUUAAUUUGGCUGUGGGAAAACUGAAGAAUAUAACAGCUGCACUUGAAGAAUGGGAUGUGGAAAAACUCCUGAGUGUAGCGGCUGCCCAUGGGCUCCAAGAGGCCCAGGAUCUCCUGGAGAACAUGAGGAACAGACGUCCACCAUGAGAAGGAUGCCUAGGGGGAAUGCGGCUUCCAAAUGCAGAAGCCUUUUUUUUAAAUGUUCUGCUGUAUUUCUGCUACUUAGUUUUGGAAACACUGUCUCUGUCUUAUGCAUAGAACUAAUUGGUGUGAUUUACCAUAUGGUGGAGGAUGAAACAAAAAUAUAUCCAGCCACAUCUCUCUUCACAAUAACAUGAUGUACCAAAGAGAGGUAUUAAAGGCAGAACCUCUCAGUUGGCUUAGGAUUUACAAAUGAUGUACGAGCAACAAUAUUUAUUUAUGGAUUGCAAUGGUUGUGUGUGCAAGAACUAAAUUUAAUGCAUCUUUACCAUGCAAGCUAUAAUGGAAAUAAUCAUCUCGACUUCACUGUUGCUUAACAGCUGUGCUUUCACAAUGCAGGUUUCAGGAGAAACUAAUUACCUUGAACAGACGUUGGCUCCACGUCUGUGGUACCCUCCUUUUGAAGCUAGCAAGGGAAUAAUUAUAUCAAGCAGGAGGUGCAGUGCCUGACUCUAGAUGUAUGUCGUUUUUGUCAGUAAUAAACACUUGUUUCAUGGGACAUGUUGGUCUGUGCUCUCCAAUAUAUCUGUCAUGACUAACCAGUAAAAUUAUUCAUUACCUAGCACGAGAACAUUUUACAAGUGUGCUCUGGAUGUUUGUUGGUAUGGUCAUGGUUUUAGAGAAGCACCUGGGAAUAGAAAUGGGAUCACAAAACUGAGGCUUAUGGUAGGUUCCAGUUAAGAAGAUUUUCCAUUUUAUGGAGGCUUUUAAUCAAAGCAAUA